AUGCAGGCGUUUGAAGAUCAAGAUUUGAUAAUUUAUCUCUUGAUUUCAGCUUAUAUUAUAUUAAAAGAUUUUGGAUUCAAUGCUUUGUUGCAAUUCCUGAUCCUACAUGGUUACUUCUUGUUCUGGCAAAUCCCAUACUUUUACUUGUGCAAUCGAUUCUUAUUACCUUAUCCUUAUCAUUCAGUGUACUCUCAGAGAGCAACUGAUUUUGAAUACCUUAUAGUUGAGAUGUUAAAGUACUUUUAUAAAUAUUUACAACAUGAUGAAAUUGGUAAGAUAUUCUUUGAGGAUCAAAUUUUCAGAAUCUUAAACAAAUUUAGAUAUAUUAGAGAGUUAGGAGAAGGUUUAGGAGAUAUUAGAUUUCAUGAUCUUCAAGAUCUUGAAAUAGGUAGAAAGGAUAUUAAGGGUCUUUUCUUUUAUUCUCAAAGUCGAGUACAAGCCUCAAAGCAUGAUAUUCUAAUCUUAUAUGUUCAUGGAGGAGUUGGAUUUGGUGAUGGACUUGAAAGUUAUCCUGCUCAAAUGUCACAUCUUUUGAAUUGUUAUCAAUAUCUUAGUGGUUUGGCUGAUGAUAAGUGUCAUAUAAUAGUUAUGGGAGAUUCUACUGGAGCAACUUUAGCCCUUUCAUUACUUUUGAAUAUUUCCAAACCUUCACCCUAUUUGAUAAAUCAUAUAAGAUCUCUAAAUAUGUAUAAUACUCAAGAAAAGCAACAAGAACAAAUUCAAAGUUUGAAUAGUUUAAGAAAACCAUCAUAUUCAAUAUUAAUAUCUCCUGUUACCAAUGUUGGUAAAUAUUCUAAUAUCAAAGAUAAUGAUGAUGAUUAUUUAUGUGAAAAUUCCCUUUCUAAUUGGUCACAAGUAUUUGCAACUCCUACAAUUCUCGAACAAGAGUCAAACGAAUAUAUUAGUCCCGGCCAAUGUAGGGAUUUAGAAACAUGGAAAUUAGCCUUACCAAAGUAUGGUAUUUAUAUUAGUUACGGAAGUGAAGAAGCCAUAACUGAAGAUAUUGAAGAUUUUGUUGAAUUAAUGAAGCAAACUGGAUGCAAAUUGAAAAUUGAUAAACAAUUUGCUCAAAUUCAUAAUUGGGCAAUUCUUAGUUUUUAUGGAGAAGAAUUAAUUGAUCAUCGAGAAUAUAGUAUUCAAACUUAUGCAGGAGUUUUAUCCAGAAUGCUUCUUUGGAAUACUGAUACAUUCUUCAGUAGUGAUGCUAAUCCCAUUCUUAAUGUUGUCACCAUUGAUGAUGAUUAUGUUUAA